CGACGAAGAAGCACACAAGCAGCGACUGCUUAGCAGCCAUGAAGAAGAAAAUUCUGCUGAUGGGCAAGUCCGGCUCGGGCAAGACGUCCAUGCGCUCCAUUAUCUUCGCCAACUAUUUGGCACGCGACACGAUGCGACUGGGACCCACGUUGGACGUAGAACACUCGCACGUGCGUUUCCUGGGCAACUUGGUGUUGAACCUGUGGGACUGCGGCGGCCAGGAUGCUUUUUACGAGAACUACUUCGAGAGCCAGCGGGACCACAUUUUCCGAAGCGUUGAGCUGCUGAUCUAUGUUUUCGAUAUUGAGAGUCGCGAGAUCGACAAAGAUAUGGCCCACUUCGACGGCUGUCUGGAAGCUAUCGACCAGAACUCGAGCAAUGCGAAGGUGUUUGUGCUGAUCCACAAGAUGGAUCUCGUGCCCGAGGACCAGCGUGAGCGUGUGUUUAACCAGAAGAAGGAGAUGAUUUUGGAGCGCACGGGUCAGCUGCCGACAGUGUGCUUUGGCACCUCAAUCUGGGACGAAACGCUGUAUCGUGCUUGGUCGUCCAUUGUGUACUCGUUGAUCCCGAACAUGCAAGAUCUGGAGAAACACCUGAAUAGCUUCUGCUCUAUCUGCAGCGCCGAUGAGGUGGUGCUAUUUGAACGUGCUACUUUCCUUGUGAUCUCGCACGCCACGCAUACAAACCACCGCGACAUCCAUCGCUUCGAAAAGAUCAGCAACAUCAUUAAGCAGUUCAAAUUGAGCUGUAGCAAGACCCAGGCGCAGUUCCAGGGCAUGGAGGUGCGCAACUCGAACUUCACGGCCUUCAUCGAUUUCUUCACCGCCAACACGUACAUCAUGAUCAUCAUGUCCGACGACUCGAUUCAACCGGCGACAAUUCAUCUGAACAUCAAGGCGGCUCGCCCCGUAUUCGAAGAGCACGUGCAGCAGACGAGCUAAGUGCGUCUGCAAGCUGUCGUCGGACCAAUAAGGAAGUUUUCGAAGCCAUUUGAAAAUAAAUCAGAUUGAAAAUCUAA